GGCGUCUCGACGGCUUUGCCUGCAUUCGCGUGAGCCACGUUGCUGGCAGCUAUAAAACAUAAAACAUUUAAGUACAUUUAUUCUAUAAGGUUUUUUUGCCCCCCCCUCAGAAUGCGGCUGUUUGUUUGGUUUUUGCUGGCGGCGCUUUGUCUGCAUUGGGCCAAGGCGGAUGUUUCGCAGCUGGUUCAGUCGGGCAAUGGAUUUGUCUACGAUGUGCCCAGGGUCAGCGAGCUGGAGCUGGAGCUGAACAAUGAGUUUCCCACCGGACAGGAGUUUCCACAGGAUGCCAUACCCGUCGCCCCCUCCGAUGCGGAACUGGGCCAGCUGGAGGAGGAGCCGGUUGCGUCGGCAACCAGCGACGAGAGCGCUGCCUAUGCCUCAUCCAAGAGCCAUGGUUAUGCCUACCGAGUGCCCAGCAGACGCUUCAAGAGCUAAGCUCUUCAUCCAUUUAGCUAGAUAUUACUUUGUACCAAAGUCCUAACACAAUAAAAUUUAAAAACACGAUCAAAUAUACUCUUGCAGACAAAGUA